GGUUAACGGUUUUUUAAAUAUUGUUUUGGAUUUGCCAAGAUAAUUUUUCCCCGGUAUUUUUUGUUUAUUUACAAUAUAAAGUGAUUUUAAACAACUAAAAACAAAAAUGUAUGGAAAAGAAGGUUUGAAACUUAUCAAUGAAUUAGUUCUUUCUGAUGAUAUCAAACCUUUCAAUGAUUUUGUUUUUAAAAAUGUUUUGGAUGAAAUGAAAGCAUUGUCAGAAGACAAUUAUGAACAAGUACAAACUGCAACUGAAGGAGUUGAUAUUCGUGGAUCACUUAAACUUCGUCAUUCUGCUUUGGAAAGAAAUAAACGUCUUCUUUUAACAUAUGUCAAUCACAGAAUGGAAAGAUUAAGAAAAAUGAGAUGGGAACUUGGAAGUAUUCUGCCACCGGAAGUCAAAGGUAAUUUAAUUGCCCCCGAAGAGAAAUGGUUUAAUAAUUAUAAUAAAGCAUUAGCUACAUAUAUGAAGUCUAUUGGAGAUGGAAAGGGACUCAACAUAAUGAAAGACAUGGUUCCACCAAAAGCACUUUAUGUCGAGGUUCGAUGUUUAGUCGAUUAUGGAAAAUUUGAAUUCGAAGACGGUCAAGUAGUUAAUUUGAAAAAGAAUACACAUCACUUGCUUCCGAGCACAGAAUGCGAAACUCUAAUAAGACAAGGUAUUCUUGAACACGUCAAUAAUUAGUUUUUUUUUUAAUUUUAAAAUUAAGUAAUAAAAAAAAAUGUUUUUUUUUUUUAAUGUUCAUUACAAAUUCAAUUUAGUAAAUAAAAGAAGAUUCACUGUGAUAUAAAAUAAAUGUUAAAAAUUUAGAAUAAAAUGAAAAUCAAUAUUUUUAUAGGCACUAAUAAAAAUUACAGUUUGUUAAAUA